UUUUCCCGGAGUUCCAACUCCGGAGUUCCGCGGCAGAAUGCAGACAACGGAGGCAAUGCACAGUCCACUGACCUGUUAUCCGAUGCGAUUUGAGCCUGGUGCUGACCUUAAAGAAGGAUUAAUUAGAUUUGUGGAGGAUAACAAACUGUCUGCAGCCUUUAUCCUUACUUGUGUUGGAAGUGUCACUAAAGCAACGCUGAGAAUGGCUGACAGUAAAACGAUAAAGACAUACGAUGGACCUUUUGAGAUUGUUUCGUUAGUGGGUACUCUGUCAGGCGGAGGACAUCUUCACAUAAGCCUUAGCGACAGUGAAGGGAAUGUGUUUGGAGGUCAUGUCAUCAGUGACGUCACUGUUUACACUACAGCAGAAAUAGUCAUUGGAAACUGUUCUGCUGCUGUUAUGUCCAGGGAAACUGAUAAACGAACGGGGUAUAAAGAACUAGCUGUUUAUCAAAGGCCAGCAUAGGAAAAACAACUUUAAACAUUAAAAGUGAAACGGGAUUGGU